AUGCCUCCGAGCACCUCCAUCCCCGGCAAAUCACCGCUCCACAUAUACCGCCAUCUGCUCCGCGAGAUCUCCUACCUCCCACCGGCCUUCUCCUCCACCAUAUCCGACCAAGUCCGCCAUCAAUUUCACCAACAUGCCAACAGUCCCACCCACGCCAAGCUUCGCCUGUCGCGCGCCCGCGCCGGUCUGCGCACCAUCAUGGCCGCCAACCGUGGGGACACCGACUGCAUGACGAGGCUGAUGGCCAAGGGUUUCGGUCGCGAGGGGAAACGGCGAAGACAGCUAGUCUCCGAGUUCGUCGUGUCGCAGGGCGUGGGGGACUCGUCUUCGCUGGAAAAGAUGCUCGAGGCUGCCACCGUCGACGACGACGGCGUCGCGGCGACGACACCGGACGAUGCGAGGAGCAGUACCAAAAAACGGAAGGAUAAAAACGCCUUUCUCGACCGUUGGGACCGUCCCAAGCUCCUCCAAUUCCUCAAGACGCAACAGCGGGCUCAGAACGAGACCAAGACGUCCGUCAUCUGGGGCGGCAGCCCCAUCAAGACCGUCGACGACAUGGCCGGCAUUCCCGCCACAAACUCCUGGGGCAAACCGCCCUCCGAGACCCUGGUCCGCGCCAAGCAGGCCAAAUGGUGGAAACGCCACGCCGACAAGAUCAUGCCCCCCAUCGACAAGGGCGAAUGGCAGCUCCUCCAGCGCCUCAGCGACGGCGCGCAAUCGCAGAGGGGCAGCGAAUGGGCUAUCCCGCCGCGGCGCACACCGGCCGUCAGCCUGUCCGGGCCUGUCGAGGAGGAUACCAAGUCGAGGCUGGACGCCAGCGCCUUCCACUCCGCUGCCUUUGUCGACCGUCCCCGCACCGUCCGGCUCCGUCGAUACACGGGCGAGAGUCGAGACGCUGGCCCCUAUACCGGCAAACCCCACCGCGAUACCAUAUCUGAUCGCUGGUUCCGUCGCGCCUACCGUCGUGUGUGGCGCAAGACGUCGUAUGCCGAGAUGGAUGCCAAUACCCUCAAGUACACCUUUACGUGGGGCAAGGCCAGCUCGACGUCUCUGCCGCCGCCAUCACCCACCCAGUCUACCGUAUUCGACGGUGUUGACGACAAUGGCCAGCCCAAGUCGGCAUAG